AUGGCGACGCGGUCGCGGUCCAUCACGCAAAACCCGCUCAACGGCGGUGCGGGCUGCGGCGACCUCCAGCAGACGCGCGACUGCCGCUGCAACAACGACAAGUGCCCCGAGCCGUGCGAGACGGGUGAGUGGACGGACGGAGCGUGCUCGGCCCAGUCGUGCAUGCAGGUCAGCACCACCACGAUGCUGUACCCGAGCCGCGACGCGGGCAAGGUCUGCAACCUCUACAAGACGUCGCCGUGCACGCUUGACGCGGUCAUGGGUCCGUGGAGCGAAUGGAGUGCGUGCGACACCUCGGCGCACCAGACGCGCACCCGCGAAAUCGUGAGCGCCGCGUGCAACGGCGGCAAGGACUGCCCGACGAUGUGGGGACCUCCCACCGAGAAGCGCGACUGCGCCCUCAACGUCGGCGACCCAGACGCGGGCGUUCUCGGUCACGCAGUACCCGCUCAACGGUGGCAAGGCGUGCCCGGCCACGGACACGCGUGA